AUGUCAGGAGGAAUUACUGAAGUCGACGCAGGUUUAAUUGAAACCAACUAUGAUAACGUUGUUUAUUCAUUCGAUGAUUUAAACUUAAAAGAAAAGAUUGUUAGAGGUAUUUUCGGUUACGGUUACGAAACUCCAUCAGCUAUUCAACAAAGAGCUAUCUUACCAAUUACUGAAGGUAGAGAUGUUUUAGCUCAAGCUCAAUCAGGUACUGGUAAAACUGCCACUUUCACCAUCUCAGCUUUACAAAGAAUUGAUGAAAACUUAAAAGCUACUCAAGCUUUAAUCUUAGCCCCAACUAGAGAAUUAGCUUUACAAAUUCAAAAUGUUAUUACUCAUAUUGGUUUAUACUUAGGUGUUACCGUUCAUGCAUGUAUUGGUGGUACUUCUACCAGAGAUGAUUACCAAGCUUUCAAAUCAGGUGUUCAAAUUGUUGUUGGUACUCCAGGUAGAGUUUUCGAUAUGAUUGAAAGACAAAUUUUCAGAACCGAUAAAAUUAAAAUGUUCAUUUUAGAUGAAGCCGAUGAAAUGUUAUCAUCAGGAUUUAAAGAACAAAUUUACAAUAUUUUCAGAUUAUUACCAUCAACUACUCAAGUUGUAUUAUUAUCAGCUACUAUGCCACAAGAUGUUUUAGAAGUUACUACCAAAUUUAUGCAAAACCCUGUUAGAAUUUUAGUUAAAAAAGAUGAAUUAACUUUAGAAGGUAUUAAACAAUUUUUCAUUAAUGUUGAAAAGGAAGAAUAUAAAUUCGAUUGUUUAUGUGAUUUAUAUGAUUCAAUUUCUGUUACCCAAGCUGUUAUUUUCUGUAACACCAGAUCAAAAGUUGAAUUUUUAACUAACAAAUUAAAAGCUGAAAACUUUACUGUCUCAGCUAUCCAUGCCGAAUUACAACAAAGUGAAAGAGAUACUAUUAUGAAUGAAUUUAGAUCAGGUUCUUCAAGAAUUUUAAUUGCCACUGAUUUAUUAGCUAGAGGUAUUGAUGUUCAACAAGUUUCUUUAGUUAUCAAUUAUGAUUUACCAGCCAACAAAGAAAACUAUAUCCAUAGAAUUGGUAGAGGUGGUAGAUUUGGUAGAAAAGGUGUAGCUAUCAAUUUCGUUACUGAUAACGAUGUUGGUAUGAUGAGAGAAAUUGAAAAAUUCUACUCUACUCAAAUUGAAGAAAUGCCAGCUGAUGUUGGUGCUUUAUUUAGUUAG